AUUCUGGAUUAACAUGAACUGGCUCCUCUCAAGGGGGACUCUCGCCACAUUUCAUUUGCUCUGAAAUAUCCUUCAAUCCAGGUUUUAUCCUGAUCCCAAGUAGAUGCACAAACUGAAAGUAAAAAACAGCUUAGAAACAAUGGCAUGAAACAGGACCAAUUUUCAUGAGCUGCUUCAUCCAGUGCUAAGACAUGUCUGGCUCAAAAUGCUGGUCUGGUGUCCACAGAAAACCACAGUCCUUGAUUGUGUCGCAUUCUCAGCAGUGGUGGCAGGGGAGAAGAACAGAGUGGAAAGUGCAGGAGGCAUGAUGGAACAUGUGGAACAAACUGGUAUGCCUAGGACCAAGCCUUAACUGUUGCUGGCUACUCUGCAUGCCUCACGGUACAGCAUGAUUAGGAUCAGGAGGAAGAAACUUUGGGCAUCUUGCUUUUGCAUCGUGACCUGCUUUUUCCUUCUUGUGACACUCCAGGUGGUAGUUGAAUUGGGCAAAUCGGAAAGGAAAGAAAUAAUUCUCUCCAGCUUGCAAGAUGGCCCAUUAAAACUGGAAGAAGAGAAGAAACAAGCUUAUCAGUUCUUGAAGAAACAGGAACUCUUUAGUGAUGUGAAGACAGCCAUGGCUGUAGACCAAUAUCCUAUCCUGCUCUGGUGGUCCCCUCUGACUGGAGAGACAGGGAGACUAGGGGAGUGUGGAAAGGAUCUUUGCUUCUUUACCAUCAACAGGACCUACCAGCAUAAUCACAUGACAAGAGCAUUUCUGUUCUAUGGUACUGACUUUAAUAUAGAGAGCUUACCUCUCCCUCGUAAAGGCCAUCAUGACUGGGCCCUUUUCCAUGAAGAGUCACCCAAAAACAACUACAGACUUUUCCACAAACCUACCAUCACCUUGUUUAACCACACAGCUACCUUUAGUCGCCACUCCCACCUGCCAUUGACUACUCAGUACCUGGAAGGCAUAGAGGUCCUGAAGUCUUUGCGAUACAUGAUCCCUUUGCAGAAGAAGAACAGCUUGAGGAAAAGGCUAGCACCACUUGUGUAUGUGCAGUCUGACUGUGACCCUCCCUCUGACAGGGACAGCUAUGUGAGUGAGCUGAUGAGCUACAUUGAGGUGGACUCCUAUGGGGAAUGCUUGCAUAACCGUGACCUUCCUCAGCACCUCAAAAAUCCUGCCUCCAUGGAUGAUGGGAGCUUCUACACAAUACUAGCUCAGUACAAAUUCAUUCUGGCUUUUGAAAAUGCAGUCUGUGAGGACUAUAUCACUGAAAAACUCUGGAGGCCACUAAAAUUGGGAGUGGUGCCAGUGUAUUUUGGAUCCCCUAGCAUUGCAGACUGGCUUCCUAGCAAUAAGAGUGCAAUUUUAGUAACAAGAUUUUCACAUCCCAGGGAGCUGGCCCAGUACAUCAAGGCCCUGGACACAAACGACCAAGAAUAUGUGGCCUACCUUGAAUGGAAACUGAAAGGAGACAUUUCCAAUAAAAGGCUGCUCACUGCUAUGAAGGAACGCAAGUGGGGAGUCCAAGAUAUCACACAGGACAACUACAUUGAUGUGUUUGAAUGCAUGGUGUGUCAUAAAGUGUGGGAAAACAUCAGAAGGCAAGAAAAGGGAUUCUUACCCAGGAGAUGGAAUGCAGAGGUUAACCACCUGAGCUGCCCCAAGCCUCAGGCUUUCUUGUUCUCCUCUCCAAAUGUGCACCGGGCCUCUCUAAGAGAUAUGUGGAUACCAAGCUUUGAACAAUCCAAGAAAGAAGCCCAAGCAUUGAGGCUACUAGUGGAAAGGAACAUGAAUUUCUCAGCUCAGGAAUUUUGGACGCUUGUAUUCAAAGAAUAAACAAGUCAAGCUAUCAAAGAUAGCGAGCUCCACAAAAGAACCUAUGAAAUAUAACUUUUGCAAGCUGCCUUAAUAUUUGUAGGUCAUUAAUGAGAAGAGAGAGUCAGAUUGUUCUGUAAGAUAGAUUUUAGUAGGUACAGUACUCAGUACUAUACUAAACUACAGAUUACCCACUGGGACUUUUAAAAUAUAUAUAUUUUUUAUAUUAAUUGCCAGUAGUUCUAACUUUUCACUGUUAAGAGCCCAAAGUACUUAAAUAUGUGCCUCGUCUUGUGCAGCUGUCUGGGUGAAGCUAAUAGCACUACUUGCAUGCAUAGGAGGGGUUGUUGCUUCUGUACCUUGCAGAAUUAGGACCUCAUAUUCCAUGAUCUGAGCUUCUAGUUCCCUAGGUUGCUGUUCACAGUGUUUUCACCAUGCCACAGUUUUGGCUCAUGUGCUCUGAGGUUGCUCUGCUUAUCAUCGGCCCCUUUGGUAUAUCAGCAGUUUUAGUUCAGACUUGGCAAGCUCAGUCCCCUGAUGUGGAGUGCAAACAUGGAAAGCAUUAGCAGUUGGCAUUGGGAAGCCCCAUCUGCUAGUGCCCAGGGACUGAUUAAGGGAAAACGUGCUGACUAAGGUUUGCCCCCCAUCUCCUAUUUAAAAUAUGAGUGCACAAGAAUCUUCCUCUCCACCCCAACCCCCACAGAAUCAUUCCAAAAUAAAUAGUUUUGUGUAAUUUC